AUAUUCGAACUGUGAAAUGCAGAUAAGAUUGAAUUCUCAGAUCAUUGUUUUUAACAUUUUCAGUUUUCUGUACUGUGUUAGGUUGAGUUAUCUUCACUCUAAGAAGAUUGUCCAUAGAGAUGUCAAAACCAAAAACAUGCUCCUGGACAAGACGCGUACUGUGAAAAUUGCUGAUUUUGGUGUUGCUCGACUUGAGGCAUCGAACCCUAAUGACAUGACUGGAGAAACUGGAACACUGGGUUACAUGGCGCCAGAGGUCCUAAAUGGCAAUCCCUACAAUCGGAAGUGCGAUGUGUACAGUUUUGGUAUAUGUUUGUGGGAGAUAUACUGCUGUGACAUGCCAUAUCCUGAUCUUAGCUUCUCAGAAGUCACAUCUGCUGUUGUUCGCCAGAAUCUGAGGCCAGAGAUACCUCGUUGCUGUCCAAGCUCGCUUGCAAACGUAAUGAAGAGAUGCUGGGAUGUUAACCCCGACAGACGGCCGGAGAUGGACGAGGUGGUGUCAAUGUUAGAGAGUAUAGACACAUCCAAGGGUGGGGGGAUGAUCCCACAUGAUCAACCUCAGGGUUGUUUGUGUUUUCAGAGAUAUAGGGGACCUUGAUAUUUUUCCCCUUAACCCCCCAUUGAACUUGAAUUAAAAGAAAGCUUUCAGGG